GAAGUCCUUAGAAUCUAGAACUUAGAACAGCCUCCUUCCCUCUCUGUUCUACCCUCAUACCCUUGAGCCUUGGAAGCUCCCCAACAUCUCUCCUCUCCCCUUCCCAACUCUCCUCUGUUUCAAUUACCAUCCCAUCUUAACUCACCAUUCCUUGGAAUUACAUCACCUCCCUCUUCAGCAAUCCUUUCAAUUCCUUUUUUUAUAACAGAUGGCAUCCACUUCACUGAGCUCCCCCUGGACCCCGAAGCAGAACAAGAUGUUCGAGACAGCCUUGGCAAAGUACGACCAGGACUCGCCAGACCGCUGGCACAAUGUGGCCCGGGCCGUCGGUGGGAAGUCGGCCGAAGAGGUGAAACGCCACUAUGAGAGGCUCGUUGAGGACGUCAGGCAGAUCGAGUCAGGCCGUGUGCCAUUCCCCAGUUACCGGUCGUCCGGCGGCAGGGGCUGAAGGAUCUAAAGCUCCACUGAAGCGACAAGUAGGAAGCAGUGUCUAUGUUUAUAUCAAGUAGUAUCGAGCAUAACUCUUCUAUGGAGAUGCAGGGAGAUCUCACAGAAGUAAAAUGCACAUGACUUUCAGAAGGAGAUCAGAUAUCACUAAUCUUAUUAAAGCUUCUGUUUCUACUCUUAUGUACCUUCCCUUCAUUCUUCAUCCUAUUGUAAAUCUAUGCCACAAAAUGUCUGUCUAGCCUUCUAGUUAGUGUGCUUAUUGUUUAAUGAAGCUAAGUUUGACAUAUUUCCAUCUAGAGUCCUCUCUAUUCUUCCAAAUGAGAAAUCCUAGGAUAGCCAUGGAGCAGGUCUUGCAAACAAACUUCAGUGUCAUUAGAAGUUAAUGUUAAAAUUAAAAGACCUUAGUAGAGCGAUGCAGCAAUCUGUGGUUAUUCUUUAUUUUGACAUGGCCCAGGGGUUGAAUGCAUCCUUGUGAACUAUGGAUUUCUUUGAAACUAACCAAUUCAAGUAUAGCCAUCACCUGUUUAAGCUACCAAAUUAGGAAUUGGAACCAAGUAGUACUUUAUGCCCACCCCAUUCCUUUCUUCCCUCCAUCUUUUUCUAGAAAGAGUCGCAGUAUCUUAUCUAGUUUUCUCUCCUUCCACCUGAGCCAUCAGUUAUUUCAAAUGGAAUAAAUUCAAUUUUGAGUUGAAUUAUGUAUUGAAAUUCCAGGCAGAUAGAUACCGACACCACCAUGGAUUCCUUCACGUUAGAAAAGGACCACUUAAAAAGAUCAAACCUAUGGUAAUAGAAAGGGAAGGAACCCACAAGACACAAGAUGGCUAAGAUUUUUCAGGGGAAUUUUAUUUCCGCCCCCUCGGGUUGUCUAUCAGUGUAUGUUGGUCCUUACUGGCUGGAUAUGUUAUUUCCAGUCCUUGAUUUUAAUAGCCUGUUUAUCCCCAGUACUUGUUCCGUGCAUAAAGUAGAAACAUAAGGAUUGUAAUCUGUUUCUGCAAGCAAGCUUAACUAUGAAUAAAGAAGUAAACAAAAGAGGGCUCACAAUGCAAGGAUUAUUUAUUAAA